CCGCUGCAGGGGAGGGCUCUGGGGCCCCGCGUGGGGGCGGCUUCCCAGAGGCAGCAGGCUGGACUAGCCUCGCCCCUGCAAGGACGGCUUCAUCCUCCAGCGGUGAGCCCCCCGCCCCGGGCAGGCUGCAGUUCGGGCCGCCCUUCGGCGGCUUGGCGUCGGGGGCGCGCAAAGCAACCCUCCGAGGCCGCGACGGCUCCUCCUCCUCGGGCGGCUUGUCCCUCCUCGGCUCCGCUGCGGCGAUGCGCCUGGAUGCAGGCGCCGGUGCCCCGCUGCCGCCGGCCGGGCAGGGCCCCCUUCCCAGCCCCCCGCGCGCCAGCGGGGAAGAGACCGGCGGCGAGCAGAACAAGUCGUGGAGGAAGCUGAAGAACAUGGUGCACUGGCCGCCCUGCCUGGUCUCCUUCCGGAAACGCUACCCGUGGGUCCAGCUCGCUGGCCAUGCAGGCAACUUCAAGGCCGGGGAGUUUGGGCGCAUCCUGAAGAAGUGCUGCCCCAGUGAGCAGCGGUGCCUGGAGCGCCUGGAGUGCGACACGCUCCAGCCCUACGUGCCGGCCUACUACGGCCUGGCGGAGCACGAGGGCGAGACCUACAUCCAGAUGGAGGACUUGCUGGCUGCCUUUGACGCCCCUUCCGUCAUGGACUGCAAGAUGGGCGUCAGGACAUACCUAGAGGAGGAGCUGGAGAAGGCGAGGGAGCAGCCUUGUCCACGCAGGGACAUGUACGAGAAGAUGGUGGCCGUGGACCCGGCUGCCCCCACACCGGAGGAGCACGCCCAGCUCGGGGUGCUGAAGCCUCGCUACAUGCAGUGGAGGGAGACGCUCAGCUCCACCACCACACUGGGGUUCCGCAUUGAAGGCAUCAAGAAAGCUGACGGCACCUGCGACACCAGCUUCAAGAAGACCCGGCAGCCAGAGCAAGUGGCGCAGGCCUUCUGGGACUUCGUGGAGGGCGACAGGAGUGUCCUGAAGAGCUACUUGGGGCGGCUGGAAGAGGUGAGGGCAGCACUGGAACAGUCCGAGUUCUUCAAGGCGCACGAGGUGGUGGGCAGCUCCCUGCUCUUCAUCCAUGACCGGACGGGGCUGGCCCGGGUCUGGAUGAUCGACUUUGGCAAGACAGUCCCGCUGCCGGCAAGGCAGACGCUGACGCACCGACUGCCGUGGGUGGAAGGGAACCGUGAGGACGGCUACCUGUGGGGCUUGGAUAACCUCAUCGCCCUCCUGGAGAGCAGGCUGGAAGAGUGAGCCAGCAAGCUGGAGCAGGGCUUGCCCCUGGGAUGCUGGGGACGAGGAGCGCUCCACUGGCGGGGGUCCCGGAGACCCUGCCGUUAAUUUAUUCAGCCAGAUAUGCUACCACACCCGGGGAGGCCUGAAAGCAGCCUGGGGAGGAACUGGGAAGAGACCCCGGCUGUGUUCCUGCUGCGGGGCCCCCUCUGGAAAGGGCCAGGGCUCCCCCACCCUGGUGGCUCCAGUGCAAAACCAUGAAUUGUCAUGGAGGGUGCAGGCGGGGCCCCAACUGUGCUCUGGACUCCCUUGGGGGCUGCUGAGCCAUGGAAAGCAAAGACAAAGAAGCCAGAAGGGCGUGGAGGAGCCUCAUUUCGAGGCCAGGCGUCGACUGGGGAGCCCGUGUGGCGUUUCUGAACUGUUCAGUCCUUGGCGGCAAGGUCUCAAGGCACUGGAAAGUCCGGAGGGGAGGGGCGCACUCAUCUGGAGCACCUUUUGCAACUAACCCCCAGCCCCACCUCAACUGCAGCGGCGGCCUCUGUCCUGCCAGGAGGCUGGGGGUCACCUUUUGGGGUCACACUGUUUCUCUCCUCCUAAGAAAAGAAUGGAGGCUCACCCGGCUGCCCCCAGAUGGUGCUACAUUUCCCAAACAAGCAGCCUCUCCGCUGGAGUUGGUCUGAAAUGCUCCGGAAGUCGGGCGGACGUGCUGCUUUGUCCCUCGGGAGGAGAGAGCAGCUCCUUGGUGGGGAGUGUUCUUUGUACAUUUUAACACAGAAAAAGGUCUGGUUUUUUAAAAGGGCUGUGACUACA